AUGGGUCUCUUCAGAAAGAGUAGCAGCAGUUCUGGCGGGUCUGGAGGUCAUCCAGCGGACGUCAAACUGACGAAAGAAGACCGGGAACACUUGAAAAUUCGGACCGCGUCCGUUCACGACCCGAUUCUCGAGGCUGUGCAAGAAGCUCAGCCGUUCGAACAGGCCGCUGACGCUUUCCAAACGACAGACCCAAACAGACAAUCUUACUACUCAGGCGAACAUGCCCAGGGUUUACGCGACGUUUUUGGCCAACCCAUUAACCAACCUGAUAUUUCGAACCCGACACGGUCACGUGACGAGCGUCCUCUCGACACUAUUCGUGGAUUCGAGUAUUCGAUCUCCGGUGACCCCUCGUGGGGCCAACGGCUCGAGACCCAGCAGUACGGGUUUCACGUGCGUCCCGAUUUCCCCAGUUUCGGCAACUCUAACCCUUACAACAGCGGAUCCGGGUAUCCUGCGGGCCCCGGGGCGCCUGUUGGAAGUAGUUACGCAGCUGAACAAGCCGUCUAUACGGCUCCCGCUCCUGCUGAGCAGGCGCAGGGUAAGAAGAAGAAGCGGGGUCUUUUCGGUCGCAAGAAGAAAAACUGA